AUGGUGAACGCUGUGGUUGGGAUCUCGGGAUCAAUGAACCACAGCCGAACGGGGGCGUUCAAACAUGACCCGGUGAGCCCGGCAUCGCACCGUACUCCGCACGGAUCUGAGAGCUCGGUCCGGGGGAGGACAGGACGGAAGGGCACCGGGGCAAGGGGCGGGGGUUCGGACCCGCUCAUCGGCCCCGAACUGUUCUGCGCCGGUUCACUCCCCCCAGCAUGGCUGCUCCAAGAAUCUCCAGACCCGUCCCUCUCCUCCUCGCCAUCUCACUCACACUGUCCGGGGCUGCUCAUUCUAUUCGAGUGUUCAUUUCUUGUCGUUGUGGUUGUUGUCGUUUGCUUCAGGGUGGCCGGGAACGAGAUUCUGGGCUUGAAGAUUCCCCUGGAGCCCAUCCUGACGGCCAACGCAGUGUGCCUGACCCUGCCGGGUCUCAGCAAGCGCCAGCUGGGCCUGUGUGUCCGGAGCCCUGAUGUGACCGCCGCCGCCGUGCAGGGAAUCCAAGUCGCUAUUCACGAGUGUCAGCAUCAACUCUGGGACCAGCGGUGGAACUGUUCGACUCUGGAGAACGGGGGCAAGGUCCUGCAGGACACGGUCAUCCUGAGCAGAGGUUUUCGGGAAAGCGCCUUCAUGUUUUCGCUGCUGGCCGCGGGGGUGACCCACUCGGUAGCGACAGCCUGUAGCCUGGGGAAGCUCCGUGGCUGCGGCUGCGACCUCAAGCGGAGGGAAGACGACCAGAACCUGCGCUUCAAGCUCCACCAGCUCCGGGUGCAGGCCCUGACCCAGGGCAUCCCAGUCUCGAUCCUCGAGCCCGAACAGCGUUACCCCGGCCUCCAGGACUCCUGGGAGCGGGGGGACUGCAACCAUGACAUCGAAUUCGGGGAGAAGUUCUCCAGGGACUUUCUGGACUCCCGGGAAACCUCGAGAGACAUCCAUGGGAGAAUGAGACUGCACAACAACAAGCUGGGAAGACAGGCAGUGAUUGACAACAUGAAACGCAAGUGUAAAUGUCACGGCACCUCCGGCAGUUGCCAGUUUAAAACUUGCUGGCAGGUGACCCCUGAUUUUCGACGGGUCGGGGCUGUGUUGAAGGAGCGAUUCCAGAACGCGGUCUUCAUCAAAACGCACAAUAAAAACACAGGCCAGUUCAGCCUGAAGCCCAGCAGGAAGAGGAUUUACAAGGACAUGGUGUACUUUGAGAAAUCUCCUGAUUUCUGUGAGAAGGACCUUGGCACGGACUCUCCAGGCACACGGGGAAGGGUCUGCAAUAAGACAAGCCAGGGGAUGGACAACUGUGACAGCUUAUGCUGUGGGAGAGGGCACAACAUCUUGAAGCAGAGCCGCAGUGAGCGGUGCCACUGCCGGUUCCAUUGGUGUUGCUAUGUGUUGUGCGAUGAGUGCAGGGUGAGCGAGUGGGUCAACGUGUGCAAGUAAACCAUCACAAUGCUGCCCACACCGGGCCAGCUUCAUUCUCAUGCAAUACAGACUCUUUCUGUCUUUUUUUUCCACUACAUAUUAUAAUGGACAAAAGGCGUACCCAAGUGUAACAUGACUGGAGACUGUCCUUGUCACAAUUGAUUGACAGACAUCAGUGUGACAUUAUAGGGGAGGGGAUGAAAGCAACAGCACGUUUGCUAAAGAUCUCUUUGGCAUCAUCUAAUCCUUGCAGCAAGUGAUU